GUCUUGCGUGUAAAAUAUUAAGAGAGGCGUCUCUGCCAAGAAAUCUCUUCCUCCAUUUUUUUCUCUUUAUAUAAUAAUAUUAUCCACUCUUCUCUUCUCUAAUUAACAAACUCAUUCCUCACUUAGUUUUAUAGUAAUUACCCCUCUUACCUAUUUAUAUAUUUUAAGAAAGCAGAGACUCAGUUUAUUUAUAUUCUUCAACGACUUCUCUUCUCCCAUUUCUGUGUCCUCUCUGUCUCUGGUCUCACGUUUCUGCGAUUUUAUCUUUUUUUCUAAUUGUUAUUCACAUUAUCUCUUUCCAUUCGCAGAAUCAGAGAAUCAGAGAUCCUUUUCCUUAAAUCAUCAGCAAAAGGUUUUAAACAUACAAACCCCAUUUCUCUUAUCAAGAAUCUUUUUUCCUUUUCUUUUGUUUUCAUCUUUCUAUUUCCAAACUUGGUUUGGUCACUGUUUUUCUUCUUGAUAAUAUUUGAUGGCAGUAUUUUGAUUUCUUCAAACGGAAGUUUCUUUAUCAUUUUAAUUCUUAUAUAUUUGCCGCCUUGUAACAGAAGCUUUUUUCUCUUUUCCUUGGCGGGUAGAUACUAUAAAGAAUAAGGAUGUUUGGAGAUUUCAUCACCAGAAUUCUUGUGUUGCUUUUUGGGUAUGCAUACCCUGCUUUUGAAUGUUUCAAAUCUGUGGAGAAGAAUAGAGUCCAAAUUGAAGAACUUAGAUUUUGGUGUCAAUACUGGAUCAUCAUUGCACUUCUCACUGUUGUUGAGAGGAUAGGGGAUAUUUUUAUUUCAUGGUUGCCAAUGUAUGGUGAGAUAAAGCUUGCAUUCUUUAUCUAUUUAUGGUAUCCAAAAACAAAGGGAACUGGGUACAUCUAUGAGGUUCUGUUGAGGCCAUUUGUUUCAAAGCAUGAAACUGAUAUCGACCGGAAGCUACUGGAGUUGAGAGCUAGGGCAUGGGACUUCGCCAUUUACUAUUGGCAAAACUGCACAAAAUUAGGGCAGAGUACGUUCUUUCAGAUUCUCGAGUACUUGGCUGCACAAUCAGGAAAAUUUUCAAGCACAAACUCUAAGAAGGCGGAGAAAUAUGAACCAAGGUCUCCACCAGCACCAUCAUCUCCAUCACUACAUGAAGCACCUUCAAUGAGCAAACAUAAGUGGCCAUCACGAGCACCACCGCCACCUGGUACCACAAUCAAUCGCAGCGAAGUUUCAGAGUCACCAAAAUCCACCCGAGUUGAACUCCAUCUAGACGAACAAAUAGAAUAUAUAAACACAGUGGACCCAGCAACAAAUACGGCCUCUGAACCUGACGUUAAUGACAAGCUCCACCAGGCGCGGAUGAGGCUCCGCCGGUCAAAACCAAUCCAAAAUUAAAAGAUUUGUAGCCAUGUUGUACAAAAAUUAGCCAAUCUCUAAAAAGGAAAAGAAAAAUUGUAAUCCAUUUUUUCUUUCAAUUGGGAGGAAUUCAAUUCCAUUCUUUUUUUUUUCUUGUUUUA